AUGUUUUCAAUCCCUUUAAGAAUAUCGCUCCUGUUUGUCUUCGUACUCCAGUGUCUCCAGCCGCCAGUCUCUGCCGAGUUCCGCGUCACCUGUGCUCCGUUCAAGCGGGAGCGCAUCGACCCGCUCGCGACGCCCGGCAAGGAGAACGGCCACAUGCACACCUUCUUCAGCAGCCGGGGCAUCGGUCCGGACGCCGUCACGGCCGACAAGCUCCGCGCGAGCUGCGGCAGCUGCAACGUCCAGGCCGACCGCAGCUCCUAUUGGAUCCCCACCCUCUAUUAUGUGAGCAAGAACGCCACGGUUCCUGUCAAGGUAGCCAUUUUUCACGUGUAUUACCACGGCCAAAGUGCGGACCGCCAGCGCUUUCCCGCCGAUUUCUCCAUCAUAUCGGGCAAUCCCAACCUGACCGAAGACGAAGCCCGCGCGCAAGGCGGCAUCGGGAUGGAAUGGAGAUUCGAAGACUCAUCUGAGGAAAAGGAAGCCUGGCAGCUCCCGAAAAGAAAAGGCGGUGGCUGGCUGCGCGGCAACAUUGGGUUUCCUACAUCCGUCGUUAAAGACGAGUCGCUCGGCCGGCACCGAGAGUGCGCAUCCAAAGACGAAGCGGGCUGCUUCAACGUCCUCCGCAUGUUCUUCGCCAUCUGGUACGACCUGCGCGACGACUGGUUUGACUUUGAGGACGGCGCUUACCUGACUCUUUCGUCAGGAGGGGGUGAGGAGCACGCCAACCAGCAGGCCGCGUAUUUGAGAAAAGCUUAUCUGACGAGAACAGGCCACACGUAUCAUGGCGAUUUCAUCAACGGCUGGGAGCCCAGGAUGCCAGAGAUUGUCCGCGACACCAGAACUACGUCAGUCGCGAGCAUCGCGGCGCGGGCGGGCGUCGCCGGAGCACAGAGUGCUGAGCUCGACGAAGGGACCCCCCUCGCUUCCGCGGAUCUCGACUGGGACGGCAUGGUCGAGGCAAAUGCCGGCCACGGCAUCGUCGAGCUGGGCGUCUACGACUACGAACUGACCAUCACAGACGGAAAGAGCAUGAACGCUACAUUCAGCGGUAAAUGGGAGAGGAGGCGGCGGCGGCGGGCGCGGAGAGUGACAGGCCUGCGGGGGACACCGACAAUGCUGCGGCCGCGGCAACGUCGGCGCGUGGGACGUGCCGAGUCUGCCGGCGUCACGGCCGAAGCAUCCUCGGCUGCCGCUGCCGAGACGACGGGCGCCAGCAGCGCCAGCAACGCGCUGCCGACUGCGUCUGCUGAUGCCCUGAGCAGAAUGACGUUCUUGCCUGGGGAGAGCACGGCGGUCAUCUCCUGGGUUGAGACGCGAAAGCCCGUCCCUACAGCCUGUGCGAAGAAGAACAAGAACAGAGCCGUGAAGCUGGAGCUUUGA